AGCUUUGGCUCGGACAAGGUCGGAGCGUCAGUGUCUCAGUCAUGGGCUGCAGCAAUGGCAAGGGCAACGGAAAGGCAGUGACGGCUUCUGCUUCCAGCGGCAGAGGCACCUUGAGGAACAAGCGCACUGCCAUGAUCCUGGACUGUGACUCUGAAUCUACCGCGGUGGCAUCAGGACCCUACAUCACUGAGGCAUCUGAGGUCGCACAGGCCGAGGUCCAAGACCUGGACGCUCUUGUCCUGGCGGCCGACAAGGCAGUCCUGCCACUGGUAGAGUGCCCGGAGGCCGAAACGGAGCCGGCAGCCCCUGCCUGCGCCUUUUGCUGCUGACUGAGCCAGCGAGUUGGGACGGGCAGCGCAUGGUGUUGCCUUUUUCCCCCUUUUGGUGGUGUGUAAGGUCCUUGAAUUUUGAGACACAGUGCGUCUCUCAUUUCGAGACACACCCGUGUCGAGCCGAAGGGGUCUUCGGCUCUGAGGUGGUUGCACGGCUUUGCGUGUUUGAAGCGGCCCGUGCCUCACCUGGCUUUCUGGACUUUACGCCUGAGAAAGAGUGGCAAAAGCCAUGGGAAGACAUGCCUGCUGCCACCAGCAAAGAUAC